AUGUCUAAUCCGCCGACUGGAAGUCAUACAGCGGUUUCUGGUGGGCCCAUUGUUCUUGGUGCUCCACCGAUUCCAGAAAGUAUGAGGAUGCCUCAUUUGGAGCCUCAAAUUCAACUGCAGAUUCCCACUGUAAAGGUCAAGCUGCAGUUAUUCCCGAUAAAUGAGGAAACCCGCAUGGGAUUUGAGAAGGAUGGUCACAACCCGUUUCUAGAACUCACGCUAUGUGCUCGGAAGAGGAUAUCAUCAGUGGUCAGACACCUGAAUACUAAAUGGGGCAAUUCAAGUGUAGCCAAAGGACAGCGGAUGGUUUUUCUUUACGGUACAAAAUUGGAACAAGUAGCUUCAUGCAAUAGAUGGACUUUGAAUGAUUCUUCCACUACUGCUGGGGAGGUGUAUGCUGAUGUGGGAAGUCCUUCCAUUUUCCGUCUAAGGUAUGGCUGGUGCUCCAAUUUUCUGCACCCCAUGUUUGGCACGCCUCCUAAAACUUGUCUUCCCGAGGGUCAUAGACUGGAAAAACUUGACGAAUAUAGAGAAGAGUUUGAAAAUCAGACCAAUGGGAAUGAUGCUUUGCAUACAGCUGUGACUGAGCAGAAAAUUUUAGAUGUGCCUGCUGACUUUGUGGUACACCCAUCCAUCCCAUGGGAUGGUAAUUUGACCAACUUGAGUAUCAGAGGCCUCAUAUCCGAAAUAUCAAUGCAGGGUAAAGUUAAUAAAUUGGAUCCCAAUUCGGUAACCAAGCCUGUCAUGCAGCCAGUAGGAUUAAUAUCUGCCAUCAGCAUAGGCGAUCUGCUUUCUGAAGCAUCUCUAUUGGGUAAGAUGUGUAAUCCUGGCACGAGACCAGAAAACGAGUCAUCUUUGCAGCACAUAUUCCUGGCGGCCAACGAUUAA